AUGACGGAGAUCCACAAACCUGGCAACCCUGGUCGACCCAUCCUCUCAGGAAAUGGUUCCCCAACAGAGAACAUCUCCCUUUUUGUUGAUUAUCACAUUAAACCCCUUGUCUCACGUGCACCCUCUUACAUCCACGACACUCCAGAAUUUCUCAGGAAACUCAAUGACAUCAAGGACCAGAUACCCGAGACUGCGAUCAUCGGCACUUUAGACGUUUCUUCACUGUAUACCAAUAUUCCCCACGAUGAAGGUAUCCAAGCAUCAUGUGAAGCCUUGACCGCCAGUGGCCAUUCAAGUCCCCCCAUAUCCGAUAUCAAAUCUCUGAUGUCUCAUGUACUCACAAAAAACAACUUCACUUUCAUGGAUCAGCACUACCUACAGAUAUUCGGCACAGCAAUGGGCACCCGGAUGGCUCCUUCAUUCGCCUGUCUCUUCAUGACCAAGCUGGAACAGCAGAUGUUAGAUUCCGCCCCCUGUCGCCCAUGGAUUUGGUGGCGUUACAUAGACGACAUUUUCUUCAUCUGGACCAGGGAGGAAGAUAGCCUCCACACAUUCAUUGACCACAUCAAUUCCUUCCACAGGACCAUCAAAUUCACUUCUGAUUUCUCCCAACAGGAAACCCACUUCCUUGAUGUCACAGUCCAGAAAAAGCCUAACGGUAUCACCACUACCCUGUACACUAAACCCACAUAUACCCACCAGUACCUCCACUCACCCAGCUGCCACCCCGUCACUGCAAAACUGGCAUCGCUUACAGUCAAGCCCUCAGACUUCGCCCAUGGCACCUUCAAAUGCACCAGCAAAAGGUGUAUUAUAUGUGAAAUACACAUUCACGAGGGCGACACUCUCACCAGCAACUCUACCAGCCUUUUUCACCGAACUAAGGGCAACAUCACAUGCACUACCACUAAUGUUGUAUAUCUCAUCACUUGCAGAGUUUGUAGGGUACAAUACGUAGGGGAAACCAAGACCACACUCAAGAAACGAUUCUACGGGCACAGAUCAACCGUCAACACAGCAAAGCUGGACACUCCAGUUGGCCGCCAUUUUAACCUUCCCAACCACUCCAUCACUGACAUGAUGCUACAGGGCAUCGAAUCUUUAGGUACCCGUCCUGACUCAGUACGCACUAGCAGAGAGAAGUUCUGGAUGAGACGACUUCGCACCAUCCAACCUCAUGGCCUGAACAUCCAAGAGGGGAACGACUGA